GGUUCUUUCGCCGCCCUUUUUAUUCGGGGAUGCGAUCGAAUCGAAUGCGAGGGCUCAGCUCAGCGAUUUGAUCGCCCCUCCUCCUCCUCCUUCUCCUCACGCCGCCGCCGCCGCCGCCGCCGCCGCCGCCUCCUCUGAAACCCUAGUCUCUCAAUUCCUAUCCCCUUCAUAGAUCUCCUCCCGGCUUCUUCCACUCGCUAGCAGAGGCGUCGACCCGAUGCAGAGGGACGCCGUUACCAGUGGGUUCGCCGAUAUGGUUCAUGUGCCUUCGCAUCCCCUGAUUAAGCACUGGGUAUCCGUGCUUAGGGACGAGGAGACUCCGUGUGCCGCCUUUAGGACCGCAAUGGCUGAACUUGGUAGGCUACUCAUCUAUGAAGCUUCUAGAGAUUGGCUGCCUCUUGUCAAUCGUAAGAUACAAACUCCAAUGGCUGUUGCUACUGCUGAAUUUGUCAAUCUAAAUCAUCCUAUACUGAUAGUUCCCAUCUUAAGAGCUGGUCUUGCCCUAGCGGAGCAUGCUUCAUCAGUUUUACCUGCAACAAAAACCUAUCACCUGGGCAUGUGUAGAGAUGAGACGACUCUAAAACCAUCUGUGUAUCUCAACAAGUUACCUGAUAAAUUUCCUGAAGGGGCACAGAUUCUUCUUGUCGACCCAAUGCUUGCAACUGGUGGCACCGUAGUCGCAGCAAUCGAGCUGCUAAAUGACCGUGGUGUUGUCAACAAACAAAUUACACUUAUUUCUGCUAUCGUCGCACCUCCAGCACUUCAGAAGCUUAGCGAGAGGUUUCCAGGGCUUAGUGUGUACACUGCAGUUAUCGAUCCCAUUCUUAACGAGAAAGGGUUCAUAGUCCCCGGUUUAGGAGAUGCCGGUGACCGCAGCUUUGACACUUAGAACGUCGCAAUCAUGGGCCUUCAUUCAUCCUUCGGUAGCAUAACCUCUGCCUCUGUGACAUUAUUUCAACCUUAAUAUUCGAUACUACACAACAGUAUCUCCAGAAAUCGCAAGUUGAAAUCGCAUGAUGCCACACAGUGGUGGAUGUUUAAUGUUUUGAUUAGGAAUCAUUUUAUUUGGAUAUAUUUCCCCCUUUUUUCAGAGCAUAUUUAAAGUUUGGCUCAGCAAAUGCAUGAUACUUGAUCAACCGUAUUUAGUUUUCUGAGAACUUUACAUUAACUGAACCAUCUACCAUGAGAUGCC